AGCGGCGAGGGGCAGGAUGCCGGCCGGCUGGGGAGCAGGGUCCGCGCAGGGGCUUGUCAUCGCCCCGGCCCCGUCGAGGGCGCGCGGGCGGGGCGGCCGGAGCACGCCGCCCGUCCUGGAAGCCUCGUUUCCGCUGCCUGCGAGCUGGAGGCGCUCCGGGUGGCGGCGGCGGCCUGUUUGUCGCACUGGAGGCCCCCGAUGGCCUGCACCGGUGGGGGGGAGGCGGGAGUUGCGGGGAGGCCACGGGUGGGAAGGGGCUUCUCCUGGGUGUUUUGGCCCUUGAGUCUGUGCUUGGGUUUCCCUGGCGUUUCCGCUGCCGCCGGUUUAUUCUCCUACUUCUUUAUUAGACGCCCCAGACUGUUGUUUCCAAAGAAAAAGAGGUCCCUGUUCCUUUCUCAGAGGGUUGCUCAGGCUCAGUCCUGGAAGUCAGGUGCUGUGCUGGACGCUGGGGCUGCAGCAGGCCCUGCCUUCCCGGAGGGGGCUUCUUCCCAAGGCUUUGAAGCCUGCCGCCUGGUGGGUGUGUAUUUUAUUUGGUGCUGGAUGCCUUCUGCAUCCAGCUCUGUGCUGGGGGGCGAGCAGGUGCACCUCGGGGUUAUGGGCCUCAUCCUUGUCCUCUAGUGACUUUUGAUGCACUGGGUGACUAACUCACUUGUGGUUCUGUGGUGGGAAGACAGACCAGGCAGCUGGUUGGUGUUGCUGUCCAUCGCUGCCCUCCCUCCUCCCCCUGCUCCGGUGCUGGUUGCAGCCUCAGCGUGGCUGACAAGGCAAAGAGCAGGAGUUCAUAGGGCCCUGGGGGUGCCAGGUAGGCCCACGGCUCCCAGAGAUAUCAUCGUCACACCUGGGCCUCUCAGAGCCCAGUGCCUGCUUUGGUCAGGCUUCCGCCAUCCCCCGCAGCGCUGUGUCUGAGGGCCAGGUGGGGUUUCCGCGUGCUCUGGGUUUCUGACAUCUCAGGAUGAGUUGCAGGCGGGGGCGUCAUGGAUGUGGAUGCUGAGAGAGAGAGGAUCUCCAGGGAGAUCGAGCAGCUGGAGAGGAUCUUGGACCCCUCCUGCCCGAGCAUCAGCAUGGACGUCUCGGAGUCAAGUCUUGACUCGGAUUCGGAUGCAGAUUCGCUGCCCGACGAGGACUCGGAUUCGGACGCUGCUGGCCCACUGCUCUCGGAGGAGGAGAGGUGGGGUGAAGCCAGCAACGACGAGGGCGACCCCAAGGAGAAGGCACUCCCUGAAGACCCAGAGACCUGCCUGCAGCUGAACAUGGUCUACCAGGAGGUGGUCCGGGAGAAGCUGGCGGAGGUCAGCCUGUUGCUGGCCCAGAACCGGGAGCAGCAGGAGGAGGUCAUGGGCGACCUCGCGGGCGUCAGGGGCCUCAGGGUGAAAGACGGCAGGAACCCGCCCCCGAAUCUGUACCUCGGACACUUCAUGAAGCCCUACUUCAGGGACAAGGUCACCGGAGUGGGGCCUCCUGCCAAUGAGGACACGCGGGAGAAGGCUGCCCAGGGCAUCAAGGCUUUCAAGGAGCUCCUGGUGACCAAGUGGAAGACCUGGGAAAAGGUCCUGCUCAGGAAGUCGGUGGUGAGUGACCGCCUGCAGCGGCUGCUCCAGCCCAAGUUGCUCAAGCUGGAGUACUUGCAGCAGAAGCAGAGCAGGGCCACGAGCGAGCUAGAGAAGCAGGUCCUGGAGAAGCAGGCCAGGGAGGCGGAGAAGGAGGUGCAGGACAUCAAUCAGCUCCCGGAGGAGGCCUUGCUAGGCGACAGGCUGGACAGCCAUGACUGGGACAAGAUCUCCAAUGUCAACUUCGAGGGAGGCCGCAGCACGGAGGAGAUUCGCAAGUUCUGGCAGAACUACGAGCACCCGAGCAUCAACAAACAGGAGUGGAGUGAACAGGAGGUGACCCAGCUGAAGGCCGUCGCGGCCAAGCACGGCCACCUGGACUGGCAGAGUAUCGCCGAGGAGCUGGGGACGCGCCGCACCGCCUUCCAGUGCCUGCAGAAGUACCAGCAGCACAGCCCGGCCCUGAAGCGCAGGGAGUGGACGGAGGAGGAGGACCGCAUGCUCACGCGGCUCGUGCAGGCCAUGCGCGUUGGCAGCCACAUCCCCUACCGGAGGAUUGUCUACUACAUGGAGGGCCGGGACUCCAUGCAGCUCAUCUACCGCUGGACCAAGAGCCUGGACCCCGGCCUGAGGAAGGGGCUCUGGGCCCCAGAGGAGGACGCGAAGUUGCUUCAAGCAGUUGCCAAGUACGGGGAGCAGGAUUGGUUUAAAAUCCGGGAAGAGGUGCCAGGUAGGAGCGAUGCCCAGUGCCGAGACCGAUAUCUCAGAAGGCUACAUUUCAGCUUGAAAAAGGGACGAUGGAAUUCCAAAGAAGUGAAGAAGUUAAUUGAAUUGAUAGAAAAAUACGGUGUCGGUCACUGGGCAAAAAUAGCCUCUGAACUACCCCAUCGGUCAGGCUCCCAGUGCCUGAGCAAAUGGAAGAUCAUGGUCAGGCAGCGGCAGCGGGCCCGCCGCAGGGCGCGCUGGAGCCCCAGCAGUGGAAGCAGCAGCGACAGCAGCUGGGAGGGUUCAGAGCCCGAGGAGGCCCCGAAGGACGUCCCGGAGGAGGCCCCAGCAGGCGGCCCGGAGCCGCCACCAGCUCAGUACGCCGUGCCGGACAUGGACCUGUGGGUGCCCGCCCGGCAAAGCACAGAGGAGCUAGGGGGAGCGGUCGCCGGGGGCUGCCCACGCCCUCCCGAGGGCCCUGACACGGCCCAGGCCCCAACCCCAGCCCCCGCAGGGCAGCUGGCCUCCAGGAGCCGGAGCGCAGACCUGAGGAGCGUCGGGUGCCCGUGCCCAGCUGCUGCUCACCGCUGGAGCUCCAAGGGGCCACUGGGCAAGGAGAGGCUGAGGCAGCUGCACCCGCCUGGCUCAGCCCCAGGGCUCAGCCCUGGCGGCGGCAGCAGGGAUGAGGCCAGGGCCCGCGUGCAGCCACAGUGGGCCAGGACCAUGCAGCGGCGCCAGGGACACGCCCUGCAGAGGAGGCUCUUGGAGCACAAGCUUCUGACGGCCGUGAGCCCCUGGGUGGGAGAAGUCGACCUGCUAUGCGCUCGCCCAAGGCCCGCCAUGUGGCCCCGUCGAGCUGACGGUAUCAGGAGACAGCUGCAGGGCGCCCACCUGGCCAGCACCCCAGUGUUCGCCCUCCUCAUUCAGCUGUUCCAGAUUGACAUGCCUGGCUGCGUGGAGGUGGUUCGAGAGAGGAAGACCUGGCCUCCCGCCCUGCUCCAGGCUGGUGCCUGGGACCCGCCGCCCCUGCAGGAACCCUCGAGUGCCCGCAGCACCCCAGGCUGCCUCACCCAGAGCGUGCCAGCCCAAGGGGCCGCGAAGCAGAGCACCUGCCCUGAGGGGGUCAGAGGGCUGCAGGCCUGCCACGCAGCGUCCACACCGCAGGUGCCCGCCCCGGCUCCGUGCAGACCCCGGCCCAAGCCCAAGACCGUGUCUGAGCUGCUUCGGGAGAAGCGGCUGCGGGAGGCCCGAGCCCGGAGGGCCGUGCAGGGCCCCGCCGUCCUCUCGGCCCGGGUGCUGGUCUCCGCACCCGUGGUCCUCCAGCCGCUGGCCCCCCCAGGCACCUCCGUCUCCAGAGUCGUGCUGUCCGGGCCUGGAGGUCCUCCAGUGACCAGUUCCAGUGUUUCAGGCUCCUGGGCACCAGCCAAGGCUGAGAGAGGCCUGACUCUGCACGCCUUUGCCCUCGGCCCCGCCACCUCCAGGGCCCCUGGCCAGGUUCCUGCAAGUUGCCCGCUGAGUGUUCUUGGACAGUCUCAGGCGCCUGCCACGUCCCGGAAGCAGGGCCUGCCUGAAGCGCCCCCCCUUCUGCCCGUGGCCCCCAGCCCCGUCCAGCCCGUCAGCCUGACGCCAGCCCUGGGCACACCCACGGUGGCCAGCACCCCUCUGCCCAUCACCUGGGUCCUCACGGCACAGGGGCUGCUCCCGGUACCCCUGCAGGCCGUGGUGAGCCUGCCAACAACGACAGGGGCUCCUGACCCCACACAGCUGUCGGUGACUCUGCCGCCCUCACCCGCCGAGACUCCGGCCAGCCAGAGCUGCCCUGGGCCACCAGCAGCCAGCAUAGACUUGGAGCCGGAGCUUCCCUGCAGGAUGGAGCCCUUGAGCGAGAGCCCCACAGAGGUGGCUGAGGCCUGUGGCCUCGCAGGACUCGCCUCCCCUGAGGAGGCCCUGGUGGCUGGGGAGAUGUCUUCACCCAGGACUCCCUCCCAGGACAUGCCCCUGGCCCACCACCUGGCAACCGAGCCCCCCAGCUCCAGCCCACCGCCCCUGCACGGGGCCCCAGGGGCUGCCUCAGGGCCCGGGGAGCCCCAGCCUCUGGACCUGGAGGAGCCCCUGCUGCCCUGGCUGGGGCUGGAGAACGGACCCCUGGACUUGAGCCUCCUUUCCCAGGAGAGCGAGGCAGCCACACAGGAGUGGCUGAGGGGGCAGCAAGGGGUGCCCGUGCCCGCCCUGGGGAGCCAGCUGGCCUACCAGCCGCCCACGCUGUGCAGCCUGCGGGCGCUGUCCGGCCUCCUGCUGCGCAAGAAGGACUUGGAGCAUGGGGCCGCGGUCCUGGCACCGGAUGGGCCGGCCGGCACCCUGCAGGCCUCGCUGGGGCGGGUGCGCGAGCGGCUUCGCAACAGCCCGGCCUACCUGCUUCUGCGGGCGCGCUUCCUGGCCGCCUUCACCCUGCCUGCGCUCCUAGCCACCCUAUCCCCCCGCGGCGUCCCCACCACCCUAUCGGCAAGCGCCGGGCCUGACCCUGAGACAGACAGUGAUGACUUCGACCCGGAGGAGCCGGAGCUCACUGACAGCGACGGGGAGCCCGGGGACCCCACCCAGGGAGCCCCGGACCCCAGCCAGGGCCCUGCCCGCUCCUGCCUGGACAGCCCCGACAACCCGGACAUGCUGCAGACACGGCGCUUGAGGCAUGUCCGCAAGCGACGGCGGCUACAGUGAGCCGCGGGCUCUGCUUGGCGAUCCGCUCCUCAGACACCCUCCCCAGCUGUUCUAAGACAGCAUCCCUGUCCUGGGGCCUGGCCGUCCUCGUGGUGCCUGCCUUACCCUGAACACCUGACGUUCAUCCGUGUGGGUCCAUUAUCUCCCCCAGAACGUGAGCCCUUCGGGCAGGUGCAGGGCCCCCCGUGACCAAGUAGGCACAGCCUGAUGGGUCUUCAUGAACUGAGACUCGAACCCAGGAGGACGUUUGCAGAAGCAAGAACUACAGCCUCUGAGCAGCGUGGACGUGCUGCGGGAGGUCCUUGGUCCUGGAGUGGAUGGAUGAGGGCAGUGCACGGGGCCCUGGGUGGAUGGGGACUGAGAGGGGCCGCCUGCACCAGGCCCACUCAGGCUCCAGGGUGUGUCCUCCGCGUGGCCCUCCACAGACUGCAGGCGGGCAGCACGCCUCGCUCCUCCCCGCCCGGCCCCCCAAGGCAGCGCUGCGCCUUUGCCUUACUGUCUGUGGGGUCCAGUUGGGGUCAGAGCACCUUGUCACGAGGGUGUUCUUACGUUCUAGGACUGCCCAGGGCUUGCCAGCUGGUGCAGCUGACAGGCAGGGGGGCCCAUGCUGGACCUGGGUGAGCCCACCUGGGGGGUGGUUCCGCCAGCAGUCAGCGCGUUGUCCUAGCUCGGCUGGUCCCUGAAGGCACCCGGAAUGCUGGAAGGAAUAAAGAAAUAGUCCUGUUUGUAACUAAAAGCAAUCCACGGA